AUGAGUUUAUUCAAUUGUUCUGAUCACCCAAUUAAAUUCUUCUUAUUACCCACUCUUAUCUUGGGUAAUGAUACACUAAAAAAACUGGAUUCGGUGAUCGACGUAAAGAAUGAUAUUCUUGUUAUAAAAGCACCGCUACUUCAGAACAGAAAACCACACUGCAAAGCCAUUAACAAUCAACACAUCCCAAGUCAUCAGGAGAUAGUGACCGGCACCAUCCUUCUCAACAGCUUUAACGGCAACACUAAAAUCGACAAAGAAGAAAUGGAGCUAGAAGGAACUUAUCUAAUACAGUUCCAAAACUCUACAGUCUACAUCAACGAAGACAAGUACGAGUCAAUAGAAGCAAAAUACGCAGAAGCAACCCCCCCACUUUUGCAAUUAAUGGCCGAAAAGAUGUUAACAGAAGAGGUUCUUUCGCUACAAAUGCUGAAAAAAUCAACAUCAAUAACACUCGGAAACUGGAUACGCUAAGAACUGAGAGCUUCAAGGCAAACUCCAUCAGUUUCGGACUUUUUGGUAUCUUAGUGAUAACAUUCACCAUAAUGGCCAUAUGGGUAUGGAAGCUGAAAUCCGCCCCAGAAUUACAGAAGGCCACAGAAGCACAGAAAGUCGAAACUCCAAGCAAUGGAACGCGAAAACGCUUCUACAUUGCGUCCGAGGACGUCCGCGC